GUGAAUAAUGAUAAACAUAAAAUAACCCUGGAAUGUGAAGGUCGAAAUAUACUUUUACUACAGACAUCAAUGCCAUUCACUUCACCGGUCCUCGACCAACUAUAGGCCCCGCAAAUCACUGUGUGUACGUAGCUCUUGGGUAUUGAUGAAAACGCCCCGGGUGCGGUAUAAAUUUCUUCUCACUUCCGUCUCAGAUCCAACUACUGCAAUAUUUCGCUUUGUAAAGUGUGCUUUUGAGAAGUAGCGGUGAAACGGUGCGCUAUGACUAACCGCAUGGUCCCGGAUCGGCCGCCGAUGUUCCGACUCCGGAUUGCAGUCAUCCGCGACCAGAGGUUGCUCUUAGGAGGGACAAUAUCGGGCAUUUCCGAAAGAUACCAUCUUCGGCAAAGGAUAAGAGCCACUUUAAGGGCCACAAAGUGGUACUUAAUUCCAACCACCACUAAACAAACCCAUUAUCUUAUUUUACUCCCCCCGGAGCUCUGUGAUUUACCCAUUCCACUUAGUUAAUGGUAGCAUUGCCGAUGCCGAGGGUUGUCUCUAGCUGCUAUCCAGGUAUUGGUUGAUGCUGGGUAUUUACGUGUGGGUGGAUAGUCACUUCUUUUUUUUUCUCUUCC